UAUUAACAUCAGCGCAAUUUUCAUUUCUUUUUCUCUCUUUCAACUCUCUUAUAAAAUCCUCUAAAACACAAUCAAUCAAACAAUAAUAUAUUUCAAUUUUUAAGUGUUUUGAUCAAGAAAGCAGAAAAAAUGGAUCUUUUUUACAAGGCAAAAGCAGUAAGGCUAAGAAGUUACCAUGAAAAAUACUUAACAGCAGAGGAAGAUGAAGAAACAGUGAUUCAAGAUCGUGAUGGGGCUUCAAAGAAUGCAACUUGGACUGUAGAAUUCAUCAAUAAUGCUCAAAAUUUCAACACCAUUAGACUCAAAAGUUGCUAUAACAAGUACCUCACUGCUUCAAAUCAAAGAUUUUUAUUAGGUAUGACAGGGAGGAAAGUUCUGCAAACUCUGCCACAAAGGCUUGAUUCUUCUGUUGAAUGGGAACCCAUUAGAGAAGGGAACCAAGUGAAGCUUAGGACAAGAAAAGGUCAGUUCUUGAGGGCUAAUGAUAGUAUCCCACCAUGGAGAAAUUCAGUGACACACAAUAUCCCACAUAGGACUACAACUCAAGAUUGGAUUUUAUGGGAUGUUGAUGUUGUUGAAAUCUUGGUUCAUUCACCAGUUCCUAAAGAACCUCCACCUUUGGUUUAUCAUAAUCAUCAAGAUUCUGAUUUGGCUUCUGAAUCUGUUUCACCCUCAUCUACUGUUAAUUCUGCAUCAGCAGCCAGCUUUUCUAGACAAGAGUCGGCUGACUUUAUGGCUAGUUCAUUAAUGAAGUUUGGAGAUGGGAGGCUGAUUUAUUAUCACAUUGCUAAUGAAUAUGGAGAAAUCGAUGAGGGAGUGGAAGGGAUUUGCAUUCCUUUUAAGGGAAAUAGUGUUGAGGAGCUGGCGAAGACAUUGGAAGAAGAAACCGGGCUUGAGGACAUUACUGUUUGUACAAAGAGUUCUUUGAAUGGGAAACUUUACCCUCUUCGUUUGCAGCUUCCUCCCAACAAUGCAAAUAUGGAUGUCGUUGUUGUGCCAUCUGGCAUCAUCUAAAGUAGCAGGAGAUUUUGCAAAUGCAAGGAUGUCAAUGUAGAGCAACUUAGAUUGCACUAUACAUCAAAUGGUGCCUACAUAUUUCUAGUAUUUCGAUAUUGAGAUCACGACAAGCCCUCCAACAAGCAGAAUAGAAGUUGACCACGAGGCCAUCUCGGUGGGAGGUGCUACUACCACAAGGCAUGUGGGACAACCUAUUCAGUCCUCAUACUUAUAAAGCUUAUAUAUAUAUAUAUGUAUAAAAUAUUGGUUUGUGAUGGGAGUAUUGUUAGUUUGGCAUGUAUAUCAUUCUUUAAACUUUUUCCUCCCUUCCCAUGGGGGGGGGGGGGGGGGGCAUUAUUUCUUGAAUUGAUUUUUGUAGCUAGAGUUUCCUAUUUGUUUGUUCUUUGGAGACAUGUUUGAUUGUAAAUUCUUUAUCAUUAAGAUUGAAUUUUUUAUCACU